AAAAAAAAAGAAAGGAAAAUAGGAAAUGGCAACGGCAGCGGCAGCGGCGGAAGAGAAAGAAUCAACGUCGAUUCCACUUAGCCAAGCUGAAAAUGGUGGUGCCGAUCCCGAAGAUCCUGCAAAGUCUCCACCUAGCUCCUCCAACUCCUCCACUCGCAAGGCCUGUUGUUUUGUUCUCCAAAGCUGGUUCUCGAAGAAGUUCAUGACUGGAUGCAUGGUUCUUUUUCCUGUAGCAGUUACGUUUUUCGUUACUUGGUGGUUUCUUCAGUUUGUUGAUGGUUUCUUCAGUCCAUUGUAUGAACGACUUGGUGUUGAUAUAUUUGGUUUGGGAUUUAUCACAUCCUUGCUCUUUGUCUUCUUUGUUGGUGUUUUUGUUUCAUCAUGGAUGGGAGCUGCUGUUUUCUCAGUGGGAGAAUGGGUUAUAAAACGAUUGCCCUUUGUUAGGCAUAUAUACUCGGCCUCAAAACAAAUAAGUGUUGCAAUAUCUCCAGAUCAAAAUACCACAGCAUUUAAGGAGGUGGCUAUCAUUCGGCAUCCACGUGUUGGUGAAUACGCAUUUGGUUUCAUUACAUCUACUGUUAUCCUUCAGGGAGAAAACGAGGAUGAAGAACUAUGUAGUGUUUUUGUCCCAACAAACCAUCUAUACAUUGGUGAUAUCUUCCUAGUGAAUUCCAAAGAGAUCAUAAGGCCAAAUCUCUCAAUCCGGGAAGGCAUAGAGAUCAUUGUUUCAGGAGGAAUGACAAUGCCACUAGUAAUUUCUCCUAAAGAAAGGGUCGAAAGAAUUCCGAAUAACAUAAAGAUGUAAUGCAAUACAGAAGGGAAAUUGUGUCAGAUACUGGAGUUAAAGCCAAACCGCGUUGCCAAGGUAUUGAUAUCUGGUCUUAUGAGGAGAAUCAUGUUGUUACCGGCAGACAUGAAGUUAAUAAAAUAGGUUAAUGAUGUUAGAUAUGGGUCGUAUUCUGCUUGUCAUUCUAACAUAUUUUGAAUCAUCUUAAUUGAUCGCCGUUGACUCA